AUGUUGAAUAAGAUAUCAGAUGAUGAUAAAGAUCGUGAUGAAGAUUUGGAAGAUCAAACAAAUCAAGAUGAUAAUGAUGAGCUGUUUUCUGUUGAGGAAAAUAUAAAUAGAAAAUUAGAAAAA